CGCCCCUUCUGCUUCUGCACAUGCACGCUAGGGGAUGUAGCAGAGACGAGCAUCAUUGAAUCGCGAGAAAGAGUACUGCCGUGGAACCCGGGCUUAGCAAACGGCGCUUUAUAGCAGCUACGCGGGCACAUCAGAGAGAGGACAACAAACUGCAUCGUCUUGUUUAUUGGUGUUGGGCUCUCCUUUGGUCCAUGAAUACCUCCGAAAGUGGAUUUUAAUUUAAACAUUUGUAAGGAAAACAGCACACCGGCGGUGGGUGUGAGGAUGGUGGUACCGGAGAGCGGCACUGUGAUCCCGGCAGAGAGCGGUGACCUGGGCGUGCUGGGCGAGAGCUCGCAGCCCGGCUUCGGGGCGGAGCCGGACUCCGCCGGGGCCGAGCUGGAGGAGGUGCGCAAGCUGCAGGAGCUCGUUCGCCGGCUGGAGGUCCAGAACCAGACGCUGCGCAGCCGGGGGAGCAAGGGCCUGCCGGGCGGGGGCAACGGAAACGGCAACGACAGGACGCUCGCCGAGGAGACGGCCGAACCGGCGCCCGCGCCCGAGGACAACGCAGGCCUCGGCGGCCGGGACUUUGAGCCCUCCCCGACCCGGGACAGCAGCAGCAGCAGCAGCAGCGGGGACGCGUCUCCUCUCCUGGAGGUGGGCCGGCCCUGCGGUGGGUACCUAGACCUGCCCUGCGCCAACGGACCAGAGGAGACGCGGGGCCCGGCUCCGGAGAGCCCAGAGUCGGAGCUGCAGGACGGGCCCGAGUCGGGGACGGACCAGUCGGCCCUGGAUGAGGUGGAGGUGCUCGACCUGGAGGAGUGCGACGAGGCGGAGGAUGAGGACAGCUGGUUGUACGUGUCGCCGAAGAAGCAGGCGUUGGCGGAGCAGAGGCCGGAGUCGCCUCUGAAGUGGUGCAGGAAGGUGCUGGACCACCCCAGCCCCGAGACGGAGGUGGCCUGCCGAACGCUCCUCAGCCGCCUCGACCAGACCACCCGAUGGAGGAACUUGUACAGCAGCCCCACUCAGGGCUCUGUCGGGCCCGGCUCGGAGGCUGGCUCUUCCACCGCUGCCUUGCUCUCUCCUGGGUACCACAAAUCGACUAACAAAACAGUACUAACCUGUGGCAGCUCAGGUUACGCCAACGCGCACUCGGCCCUGAGCUCGCAGUCCUCCGUAGACAGCGAGCUGAGCACCUCGGACGACUCCAUCUCCAUGGGAUACAAGCUGCAGGACCUCACCGACGUGCAGAUCAUGGCUCGGCUGCAGGAGGAGAGCCUCAGGCAGGACUACGCCUCCAGCUCCGCCUCCGUGUCGCGCCGCAGCUCCAGCGCGUCCCUGCAGUCCCUGCGCCGGGGCACCUACAGCGACCAGGAGUUCGACACGUACAGCCUGGAGGACGAGGACGACGACUGCUGCUCCCUGCCGCAGCGCCUGCACCGCUACUCGCCCUCGCCCCUCAGCUCGCCCCGCUGCCAGUCGCCCAGCGCCUUGGCCGAGUACGGCCGGCUCAGCGCCCAGCGCGCCCGCCCGCCCCGCCGCUCCCUGCAGGGCCCCGGCCCCGAGCUGCUCAAGUUCGCCAAGAGCGAGGAAGAGCUAAGGCACAGCAUGCCCAACCUCGCCCCGCGCACCAGCCUCCGCUCUCUGGAGGCGGUCCGGAACAGCCGCAGCAUGGAGGCCAACCUGCAGAGUCCAGGCAACCGCAUCUCACGCCUGCCGCACUCCACCACAGGCGUGUCCUCCAGUAGGAUUCGGGGCAACGGCCAGUCGCCCCUCUCCCUCCGCGCCCCUGUCAAGGCUUUGGGCCCCAUGGGCCCGAUGGCGGGGGUCCGGCAGCCUCCGAGAGGCCCGGCGGCGGCGGCGGCGGCGGCACCGGGCGGCCCUGCGGGAGCGGUGCGGAGGGUCCAGUCCCCCGGCCCCUCUAACGGGGGAGCGGCCCCCGCCGGCAGGGCGGCUGCAGGGAGCGGCAAACAGACUCCGGGGCGUGCCCGUGCCUCCCUGGGCGGGCCGGGACCUGCACCGCGCGGAAGACUGGGCCAGCCAGCCAGGAGGUCCAUGGGCUGGACCAAAUCAUGCGGCCCGGUCACAGACGAGUCGUGGAAGGAUGGUUGUUACUGAGGGCAAAAAGCCCCAGCGCGUCCGAUGGCUCAGUGUAGUACCACCAAUAACGCACUGCCUCUCUCUACAGCCGAAACCCAGCAGGCUGGGACACUGGCUGCUCGGCACCUCACACAGGACAGGCGAUGCCACCGCGCUGGCACGUUCGUCCCACAGACGCACUCCAGACAGGCCGGAGAGACCACAAUGCACUGCGCUACAGAGACUGACAAGACGGGCGCUGACAUCGAGGAUUUCUUCUUUUCUUUUAAAUGUCAUCUCGGUCGUUGACGAUUUGUGAAGCUGCUGGAAUGGUACAAGUUGAUUUAUGUUGUAAAUAUACAUUUUCCAAUCACAUUUUACUGAUCCUUUAUGAACGUGUAGGUACCUCCAGAUUUGUAAUGGUGUUUUAAUGCACGUUGUUGUCAAACCAUAUGUCAGCCAACUAAAACUGGACUUGGCCUAUUUUUUUUUUUCCAUUUACAAAGUACUGAUAUGUACUGUAUUAUGUGAGGACACUGCCACUCAGCAGCACCCAUUUUUAGGGAUUUUCUUCCAUCCGGGACUGUGGAAAGUGAAGAAUGAUUUGGUGAGACUGACUGUUGUUUUUUUGUUUUGUUUUGCUAUGAAGGUCUGUUGUAUGUUUUGUUGGACACAGCAAUGCAAUAUCUGUCUGAACCAUUUCCUCCUAACAACAACAACAAAAAAUAAUUUUAUAAAUGGGGACAAUGAAAA